CCAUCCCUACAUGCAGGUAAUAUAACUGAUGAUGAUGAGCUGUCAACGGUACGUUACCGACCGCAGAGGCUCGACCAUCUCGUACAUCAGACCAACUUCAGCAAGAAAGAGCUGCAGGUCCUCUACCGGGGAUUCAAAAAUGAGUGUCCCAGUGGUGCUGUUGAUGAACAGACUUUUAAAAGCAUCUAUUCCAAGUUCUUCCCUCAAGGAGAUUCAAGUAUGUAUGCACAUUUCCUGUUUGAAGCUUUUGACAUCCACAACAAUGGAUCGGUCAGCUUUGAGGACUUUGUCGUAAGUCUUUCCAUCAUCUUAAAAGGUUCCAUUACUGAUAAACUCAACUGGGCCUUUAAUCUGUACGAUCUUAACAAAGAUGGCUGCAUCACCAGAGAGGAGAUGACAAACAUCAUGGACUCCAUUUAUGACAUGAUGGGAAAGUAUACUGAUCCCUGCAUGAGGGAUAAUGCUCCCAAAGAGCACGUUGACAACUUCUUCCAGAAAAUGGACAAGAACAAUGACGGAGUGGUCACCAUCGAGGAGUUCUUGGAUACAUGCCAAAAGGAUGAAAGCAUCAUGCAGUCCAUGCACAUGUUUGACAAUGUGAUCUAAAGUGGACAUAGACAUAACAUUUCCCCUGCUGCCUGGAGUUCUUCUACAGUCAUUCUGCGCCAGCCAGAGUGGAACGGGGCUUCUGGGCCCUAAACAGAGUGGGGCAGGGUGCAAAGGGCAUUGUCCUGAGGAUAGCUAACCCCAAACCACCUUUUCUUGUGAAAUGUUUUAUUUUAUUAAACGUGUACAGGAAGGCAUCAACAGGUGGACUUUGCUGUUUUAAGAUUUUGUAGACUGAUUUGAACAAGCAUAUUUAAUG